AUGGACACCACUAUGGAUAAGACUGUGUUAAUUCACUUGAUCCUGAUGAGCCUGGUGAUUGGGGGCAGCCAGGAGUGCUACCGCGAGCAUUACCCAUGGGGGUCAUGGUCUGCCUGUUCACAAACCUGCAAUUAUGGCACACAGAUCAGGCACAGGCAAAUCAGAAUGGAUGAUUACUAUAGCCAAAACUGUAACCGGCUGUGCAAAAAACAGGAAUCACGUGCAUGUAACCAGCACACAUGUUCUAUCAACUGUCGGCUUGGAGAUUUUGGCCCUUGGUCAGAAUGUGACCCAUGCGUUAAAAAACAAUUUCGUGUCCAGACACUCCUGCGAUCAUCCCAGUUUGGGGGUCAGGUCUGUACUGAGCCACUGGUGGAGACUCGCCCGUGCUUCCCAGCUAGGCUCUGCAACAUAGUGGAAGUUGAUUGCAAGAAUAAAUUUCAGUGUGAAAGCAGUCGCUGUAUUGCAAAAAAAUUGGAAUGCAAUGGAGAAAAUGACUGUGGAGACAACUCUGAUGAAAGAAAUUGUGGGAGGAAAAAGACCAUGUGUAACAGAAAGUAUGACAGCAUCCCAGGUGUGCAGUUAAUAGGCAGUGGAUUUCACAUUCUGGCAGGAGAGAGUCGAGGGGAGGUCCCUGGCAACUCAUUCAAUGGAGGACAAUGCACAACUGUGAAGCACAAUGAGACAAGGAAGUUGUACCGUGUUCCUGUGAACUUGGAGGCUGUCAGCUUUCAGGUAACAUAUGAAGAGGAUGAUGUAGCAUCAGAUUUCUACAAUGAUUUAACUCCCCUGAGUGAUAGAGCUCAUGGAAGUAGUUCAUCCACUCAUGGACAUACAAAAUCUUCUGGUAUCCCAUUUAUAUUCUCAAGAAAGACACAGGUUAAAGUCACCUCAUCUUCGUCCUUCAAGAAAGCCAUUGAAGCUUCAUAUGAAAAGAAUUCCAACUUUAUUAGAGUCCAUAAAGUAAUUUCUGUUGCAAACUUCACUAUGAAAGAGUCGGGUCUGCAGCUCUCAGAUGUCUUUCUAAAAGCACUCAAUCACUUGCCCCUGGAGUACAAUUACGUUUUAUAUAGCAGAAUAUUUGAUGACUUUGGCACUCAUUACUACACCUCUGGGAAGAUGGGUGGUUCCUAUGACAUUCUUUACCAGUACAGCUCUGAGGAAUUGAAGAACUCGGGCUUGGCAGUGGAUGAAUCAACCGAGUAUGUCCGAACAGAAACAAGAAGACGCGUGUUACUCUGGAAGAAAACGAAAGUCAGUAUGAGGUGCACCACAAACAGGAUGACUGAGAAACAUGAAGGUUCCAUUUUGGAGUCAGCUGAAAGGUCAAUCUCACUGAUAAAAGGUGGCAGGUCAGAAUAUGCAGCAGCUCUGGCCUGGGAGAAAAAAGGGGCUUUUCCAGGACAUGUAGUCUUCACAAAUUGGCUGGAAUCAACAAAGGACAAUCCAGUGGUAGUUGACUUUGAGGUGUCGCCCAUCAUGGAUUUGGUGAAGAAUGUGCCAUGUGCAGCAACCAAACGUCGCAACCUGGGGAGAGCCCUGAGAGAAUACGUGGGCAGGUUUGACCCUUGCCACUGUGCCCCAUGCCCAAACAACGGCAGGCCUGUGCUCUCUGGGACUGAGUGCCUCUGCCUGUGCCAGGCUGGCACCUAUGGCAAAAACUGUCAGAUAUGAGCUCCAGGUUACAAAUCAGUUGCUGUAGAUGGAUGCUGGGGCUGCUGAUCUGAAUGGAGUUCUUGUGAUGCUUCCUUCAAAACAAGAAGGACCCGGAAGUGUAAUAAUCCCUCCCCAGUGAAUGGUGGGAAGCCUUGUGAAGGAGAACAGGAAGAAGAGGAGGACUGUUAUGUUUCUGUAUUCAUGGACAGGGGUGCUCCUUGUAUAAAUGAUGAUGAAUCCAGGAGAGAAGAGGAUGUCUUGGUUGGUGAACCUGAGUCUGGAUGCUCCAGGCCAGACCCACCAGAAAAUGGCUUUAUCAGGAAUGAAAAGAAUUGGUAUGCUGUGGGGGAAGAAGUUGAAAUAGCCUGUGUGAGUGGUCAUGUCCUCAGUGGCUAUCGACUCCUUCGAUGUCUGCCUGACCAAACCUGGACCCAACACACAGUUGAAUGUCAAACCUCAGUAUGCCCCAGGCCACCAACAUCUGACAGCAUCACAAUUUCCCCGUUUAAGCAACAGUACAAUAUUGGCGAAAUGAUGACUCUAAGCUGCCAAGCUGGGUUCAUAGUCACUGGUCAAACACAAUAUACCUGUGGGAAAAACCUGUCCUGGAUACCUCACAUUUUGGGAUCUAUUACAUGUGAAAAAGAUGUGCAAACAAAAAUUAGAGGUGUUUGCAAUCCAGGACAAAAGCAAGUUGGAUCUCAGUGUGUUUGUAUGUCUCCAGAAGAAGACUGUGGCCACUACUCAGAAGACAUCUGUGUGCUACAUGCUGUUUCUGAACGGAAUGUAACCAAGUCCAGUUGUCAGCAUUCAGCCGAAAUAUGCCUCGGAGAGCAGUCAUUUCAUUUUUUACAUGCUGGCCCUUGCCAUGGUGAUUUCAACCUGGAAUGGGUUAUUGAAAGGGCAAAGCUCUCUACAAACAGCUUGAAGAAAGUGCCCUGUGGCUAUGACACCUGCUACGACUGGGAAGAGUGUCCAGAGACACAGACUCAGUGCUCCUGUCUGAUGCCUUACCAGUGCCCCAAAGAAGAGAGACACCUUCACUGCAUCCAAAUGAGGUCAACAGGGAGGAGGAGAGCAGUUAGUCAUUGCAUGCUAGCAGCCAUGAAGUGUGCUGGCAUCAAACUAAAGGUGCUGGAGCAGGGAAGCUGCCUGGUGUAA